CCUCACAGUACGGAUUGAGGCCUGCUAACCGCGGAUUGACCACGGUCCUGUAUUUUCAUCGUGAACAAUAGUUAAAAAAGAAUGAAAUGAUAUAAUACAAUAAAAAAUAAAUUCGGAAUGAUUUAAUCGCAUUGGGAAUACCCGGAAAACGCGUAGAGAGAGAGGCUUCAGUGAGUGGUGAAGAGAAGAAGAAGCUGCUGGUGUUAGGGAUCUUUCAUUGCUCUGAUUCCAAUCUCACCAACGCCUCAAUUUGCGGUAGCAACCGCAGAAUCUUCCAGAUCGGCCUCUAACGCAAAUGCAUUUUCUUCGUCAAGGCAAUUCUUGGUUUUCCGCCAUCUAACGGAGUUGUCCAGCCAAUAAUUUGCAGUGUAUCGGACAAAGAUGGUGAUGCCAGGGCAACUUACGGCUGGCCAGGUGUCUUUUCUCCUUGGAGUAAUCCCUGUAUUUGUAGGAUGGAUAUAUUCUGAGAUAUUGGAGUAUAAGAAAUUCCAAUCACCUUCUAAACUACAUUCAGACAUUGAUCUUGCUGAUUUGGGUAAUGGAGUGGUGAAAGAGGAAGAGAAAACUGUAUUGCUUGAAAGUGGUCUUCAACAUGCAGCCACUCCAAAAGCUGUCAAUUUGUCUACCAAGUCUUUACUCUUUAGACAUUCAGACAUCAAUCUUGCCGAUUUGGGUGAUGGAGUGGCGAAAGAGGAAGAGAAAACUGUAUUGCUUGAAAGUGGUCUUCAACAUGCAGCCACUCCAAAAGCUGUCAAUUUGUCUACCAAGUCUCAACUCUUUAGACAUUCAGACAUUAAUCUUGCUGAUUUGGGUGAUGGAGUGGCGAAAGAGGAAGAGAAAACUGUAUUGCUUGAAAGUGGUCUUCAACAUGCAGCCACUCUAAAAGCUGUCAAUUUGUCUACCAAGUCUCAACUCUUAAGGUUUGUUACAAUGGAUGAAAUGUUUUUAAUGGAAAAUCGGUUGACGUUGAGAGCAAUGGCUGAAUUUGGGGCAAUUCUCAUAUAUUUUUAUAUAUGUGACAGAACAGAUGUAUUUGGACAGUCAGAGAAGAAUUAUAGCCGGGAUCUCUUCCUGUUUCUGUACUUCCUCCUCAUCAUUGUUUCUACCAUGACAUCACUAAAGAAGCACAGUGGUGAUAAGCCUACAAUGACUGGAAAGUCUAUCCUAUAUUUGAAUCGACAUCAAACCGAGGAAUGGAAAGGGUGGAUGCAGGUGUUAUUCUUGAUGUAUCACUAUUUUGCAGCAACAGAGAUUUAUAAUGCAAUUCGUAUAUUUAUUGCUGCAUAUGUUUGGAUGACGGGAUUUGGGAAUUUUUCUUAUUAUUAUGUGAGAAAAGAUUUCAGCCUUGCACGGUUUGUACAGAUGAUGUGGCGCCUCAACUUCCUUGUUAUAUUUUGCUGCAUUGUACUCAAUGAUGACUACAUGCUGUACUAUAUAUGUCCAAUGCACACGCUUUUUACCCUAAUGGUGUAUGGUGCCCUGGGAAUUUUCAACAAAUACAAUGAAAUUGGUUCAGUUAUGGCAGUAAAGAUUGCAUCUUGCUUUUUAGUGGUAGUUGUGGUUUGGGAAAUUCCGGGCAUGUUUGAUCUCAUCUGGAGUCCCUUGACAUUUCUUUUGGGAUAUUCUGAUCCAAAUCCAAAGAAGCCACAGUAUCCACGCUUGCAUGAAUGGCAAUUCAGGUCGGGCCUUGAUCGCUAUAUCUGGAUCAUUGGAAUGAUUUAUGCUUACUAUCAUCCUACAGUUGAAAGAUGGAUGGAGAAACUGGAGGAAAUGGAAGUAAAGAUAAGACUGUUCAUCAAAGCAAGCCUUGUGACAGCUUGUUUAGUGGUUGGAUAUUUGUGGUAUGAACAUGUAUAUAAACUGGACAAGGCUACAUAUAACAAAUAUCAUCCGUACACAUCAUGGAUACCCAUAACUGUUUACGUUUGCCUUCGGAAUGUGACACAACAGUUUCGUUGUUUCUGGUCGACCCUCUUUGCAUGGCUUGGAAAAGUAACUUUGGAGACGUACAUUGCUCAAUUCCACAUUUGGUUGAGAACUGGAACACCCAAUGGACAACCUCGGUGGUUACUUUCAAUUAUUUCAGGCUAUCCAAUGCUUAACUUCAUGUUUACUACUGCAGUUUAUGUACUGAUAUCACACCGACUCUUUGAGUUGACAAACUUACUAAAAUCUGUAUUUAUUCCAAGUCAAGAUAGCAAGCGACUUCUACAUAAUACUCUCGCAGCUGUUACAUUAUCUCUCUUCUUGUAUGGGGUAUCUUGGAUCAUGGUCAUGAUGCCUAAGAUAAUUGGAGGUCAAGGCUGAAUAUGCUAGUUGGACCUGUACGUAGAUAUUGGUUUCUGGGGUUACUUUUCCAUCUGGCAGAUGCAUAUUCAAAAUUUGAGGUGCACUUUGUGUGUGUCUACAAUGCUGGUUUGCACUAAAUGUAUCACAAAUUUCUGGAUGCAAAUUAUAGUUGUUAAUCAGCAAGUAAAUGAUAACCUUUGCUAGCAGCUGUACUUUGGUCUGUACUCUUCUUUCAAGAAAUUAUUUUAAGAUCUUAAGGGCCUAAGGCAUUCUUCUAGGAGGGGAUCAAGCUUCAAACAUUCUUUAUUAGAUAAAGAAUUCUUCUUCUUCUUAUGUCAGAAGCUAUGGAAUUUGAAUAUGUUCAGUGUAUAGAUCCUCUUUAAUGAAAGUUAUAUUUUUUUCGUA